AUGUCAGAGGUAAUUUCGCCGACCAAGGACGAUGCGACGCAUUGCGAGGCUCCAGAUCCGAAGGACCUCGUGCCAGAUAACCUGCCCCUGCCGGACGAGAUCGCGGACCUGAGUGAGGCCGAGCAGGCACAGCUCAACAGGCAGCUUACGCGGAGGCUGGACCUCACACUGUUGCCAGUGGUCUUCAUCCUCUUCCUGCUUAACAUUUUGGAUCGGAACAAUAUCGCCAGUGCUAAGAUUGUUGGUCUGACGGACACAUUAAAUCUGACAAAUGAUCAAUACAACACAUGUUUAUUGAUGUUCUACGUUGGCUGUACGCUCUUUCACACGAAUGGACCACAUAUGCAACGAGUGCUAAUUCGGCGCAGAUUGUCGUACUAUAUCUGCCUGACCACAUCUCUAUGGGGCAUUGUGUCAAUGAGCCAAGGCUUCACCAAGAACUUCUCCCAGCUAGCUGCUGUCAGAUUUAUUCUUGGGCUUGUUGAAGGUAAGCACAGCCCUUCAAGUCGAACCGAACCUCCCGAUGGCUUUAGUACUAACGCAACACUGACAGCCCCGUUUCUACCGGCGGUGUUUUUCCUCUUGAGUUGCUGGUACACCCGAGCCGAGCUACCACCCAGGAUUGCUGUACUUUAUGGCGGAAACAUGUUAGCCACGGCGUUCUCCGGGCUGAUAGCCGCAGGAAGUAUGAUAAAGCCUCUCGAAUGGCUCUUCAUCAUCGAGGGCUCUAUGACUGUGGGCAUAGCAAUUAUUCUACUCCCACUCCUCACGGACUAUCCUCUCCAGAGUAAACACCUUUUCCUCUCGAGAGACAUGCAACUAUACGCAGUAAGUGGACUCUUCGCGUCUACUAGACCAAAACAACAAACCCAAUAUUGCUCCUAUCCAAGCCGGCGUACUGAUGGAAAUGACCAGGAAUGGAGGAUACGGAAAGAAAAUGCCGGAAUCGUAGACGAGGACCCCGAGUCCAUCUGGUGGGGGCUGAAACAAGCCCUCAGUGACCGCAAACUGUACAUGUUUGUCAUCCUGCAGAUGUCCCUGAUCACCGCCCAGUCCUUCAACAACUUCUUCCCCUCCAUCGUCGGAACCCUAGGAUAUGACAGCACCAAGACCUUACUGCUCACAUCCCCGCCGUACUUUUUCGCCUUCUUUGUGUCCCUGGCGGUGUCGUUCCAUGCCUCGCACAAGCAGGAGAGGGGGUACCACAUCGCGGUCCCAAUGAUAUUCGCCCUCGCCAUGUUUGUCCCCUCCACCGGCGGCCGCUACUUCUCCAUGUUCCUGAUGACCGGCGGCUCGUACUCCCCGUACAACCUGUGCGUGAGCUGGGUGAGCGCGUCCCUGCCCCGGCCGCGCUCCAAGCGCGCCGCGGCGCUGGCGAUCGUCAACUUCAUGGGCGCCGGGGUGGCUCACUUCUACACGGCCUACAUGUUCCCCGACAGCCAGAAGCCCAGGUACUACGCCGGAGGGGGUGUCAUGAGCGGGGCGUGCCUGCUCUGCGCCGGGAUGGCGUGGUAUAUCAAGCGCUACCUGAAGAAUCAGAACAAGAGGUUUGAGAUGGAGGAGCGGGAGGGUGUUGUGAACCAUGCUGCCAUCAGGGGCUCGAAAGCCGGGCAUGGUGGCGAUGCUGUGGUUGCAUUUAGGUAUGUGCACUAG